AUGGACAGCCCGCUUCGCAGACUGCGUCAAGGUGCACCCGUGGCGCAGCAGAGGAGAUCGGCCCGCUCCCGGACGCCAGAUCUUCAAGCUUCGAAGCCGGCUGGCUCUCCGAAGGCCGCAACAAGGCCACGGAUCAGUGGAGGCAAGCUCUGCCUCCAGUUCCAGCAUUGGUUGGGCUGCAUCGUGGGCUGUCUUUGCGCGGCAGAGGCUGAGGCCUUCGAUGUGAAGGAGAGCAGCGUGCUCCGCAAGUUUGACGUGAUCUCCGCCGACAACAAGUCGACAAGCCAGUCGGGCGACAGGGCUCACCGCAGAGAAAUCUUGACAGUGAGCCGCAUCAAACACUGCGUGCUGGGACUCUGGGAAGGCUGA